UAAUGCUCUGUUGCUGGCGUGCCGUCCUGGAGCCAUGCCCAUCCCCGAGAUGGCUUUGAGCCCGGUCAAGUCUCUGUACUGGGAGGUGUUCCCCUCCAUGGCCACGCAGCGGGUGUACUGCACGCCUGUGCUCUGGGCUGGGAGCCUCUAUGUGCUGGGGGGCUGCAGUGAGAACGGCCUCCCUCUGGACUCUGCCGAGGUGCUGGAUCUGGAGAGCCAGCACUGGUGCGAGCUGCCCCCUCUCCCCACCGCUCGGGCCGGGGCAUCCGCCGUGGCCGUUGGAGACCAGCUGAUGGUCAUGGGAGGCAUGGACGCGCAGCAGAGGCCGCUGGCCUCAGUGGAAGUGUAUCACCCUGACGAGGGCAAGUGGGAGAGGAAGACUGGACUGGGCCAGGCCUCUAUGGGCAUCACCAUGCUGGAGAACGAUGGCAAGGUAUAUGCACUGGGCGGGAUGGGAGCCGACACAACUCCUCAGGCCUCAGUGAGGCUGUAUGAGCCGACGAAGGACCAGUGGCUCCCCCUCACCUCCAUGCCCACCCCGCGCUACGGAGCCUUCUCCUUCCUGCGCGGAAACAAAAUCUAUGUUCUGGGUGGGCGUCAGGGCAAGCUGCCAGUGACCGCAUUCGAGGCUUUCGACCUUGAGAUGAAGAGCUGGACGCGGUACCCGUGCAUCCCCAGCCGCAGAGCGUUCUCGUCAUGUGCUGCCAGUGACAGAGCGUUUUUCAGCCUAGGGGGUCUUCAGCAGCCUGGACCCCACAACUUUUACUCCAGACCUCACUUCGUCUCCACUGUAGAGGAAUUUGAUUGUGAGCAGGGUGUGUGGUUGAAGGCCACACGGAGCUGUCGCAUGCGAGAGAAGCGGGCAGACUUCGUAGCUGGCUGUCUCGGUGGAUGGGUCAUCGCUGCGGGGGGACUCGGUAACCAGCCGUCCCCGCUGGCGUCAGUGGAGAGUUAUAACCAGCUGAAGAGGAGAUGGGAACCCGUGGCUCCGUUACCCAGCCCUCGCUGCUCCUGUGCCUCCAUUCAGACCCCCAACAUGCUGUUCCUUAUUGGAGGGGUGUCCCAGGGUCCCAGCAACGCCGUGGAAGCCCUCUGUUUGAAAGAGACAGUCUGACACACACUAAUGAACAACUACACAAAUCCUCACAUGCUGUUCUUUCCCGCAGUGUAAGCUCUGCAAACACACGCGAGCAUACUGACGUCAAGCUGACGUGUAUGUCUCCGACAAAUAUUCACAGACUUUCCCCGCAGAGGACACAUCAGCUUUAUUUUUUGAAUAGUGGAGACAAUCUACUGGAGCUUGGACAGCGUUCCACAGUUCUGCUCAGAAGAGUUUUGGACUGGAGAUCUAAGACAAGCAAAAAAUACAUAAAUAUAUCAUUCAUCUAACUAUAUUAAAUAUAGCAAUGUAUUAAUAAAUAUAUUUAUUAAUAUAUAUAAUUAUAAAUAUAUUAGUAUUAUAUAUAAAUAGUAAUAUAUACUUAAAUAGAUAGACAGGCACCUGCAACACUCCAGGCACCUUUGGACUGUACAGCAUUUUUCAGUAUCAAAGCAGGGUAAUUUUCUGGCAAAAUAAGAGGAACUUAGGGCCAUAUCCACCACGCUGCCACAGUACCCGUCUGAGGUAACAUGUUUAGCACUUUUUGUAUUAUUGAUAAAAACAGAGGAUCUUCUGCUUGAGACUUCAGAAAUGGGAGGUGGAUGUGUGUAUGUGUGUGUGUGUGUGUGUGUGUGUGUGUUUUUGUACUUUCACAGCCAUGCAUGUAUGAAAUUGUGCAAUGUUAUGUGUGAAAAGAGCAACUCUUAAAACGGUAAAUCACAGAUUCCUCACUGUAGCAUGAGACAGGGGAGAUGGAGGAGGACAUGGUUCAUCCAGCUGCUUAAUUAAAGGAAUGUUCUGGGUUCAAAACAGGUUUAGCUUGAAAGUAUCAGAAAUAUACUGUCGAUUAACACAGAUUAUCAUUUUAAUGUGUCCCUUAAAACAAGCAAAAAAAAGUGUUUACAGUAAUUCUCUUGCAAUGGACAUUUAAGGGGCAAGGCAUGUAUUUUUAUUAAAGUGGUUUUCUUAAUUAAUCUGUACAAAAAUCUCUUGUUUAACCUGUUAUUUAUUAAGAUUUUUAGUGUUUUUGAAAAAACGCUUAAACUCACCAAGACUCCAUUUAUUUGAUCAAAUAUUAAGUAAAAUGGUGAAUAUAGUGAAAUGUUUUUUUAACUAUUUAAAAUAACUCUUUUGUAUUUGAAUAUAUUUAAAAAUGCGAUUUUCUCUUGUGAUGCAAAGCUGAAUUUUCAAUAUCUUUACUCCAGUCUUCACUGUCACAUGAUCCUUCAGAAAUCAUUCUAAUAGGUUGAUUAGCUGCUCAAGGAACAUUUCAUAUUAAUAGGAGUGAAAAUCCUGCCAUAGUUUUUGUAGCUUUUGUCAUCAUAGCCCAUAAUAAAAAACACAUGUAUAAGUAGGUCUGUUUUUAAAACACCUGCUUUAAAUGGUUAGGGUAAUAGUUGAAAUAUUCAAUUUAACUUUUUCACAUGUUCACAUUUUUGUAAUCUCAUGUUGGCAUGAAUAUGGUUCAUUUUUGUGGUUAAAC